CAGUUAUCAAUAUAAAAUACAACCAAGCAUAAUAAAGUACUCAAUCAAGAUAAUAAUAGCAAUUAAUGUUUUGGAGGUCAGAGGUCAAGGGCAAUUGGAUAUAAUACAGUAUGUGAGGAAAUAUAUACAUGUAUAACGUAAGAUUGUAGAAGGUUAACUUAUGUGGUACCACGGGAAGGGCCAUCUAAACGUUUUGUGGUGGAAAUAAAUGUUUCAAAUGCCUCAAAUAGUUGUUUGUUUGUGUGCAUGUUACAGCCUGGUAGCCCCUGUAGUAGAACAGAUUCGGUUAGACGGUGUGAUGUGAGUUGCUCUACUGUGGAGGUUAAAAUGUGACGCUGGCAGCUGUAAAGAGGACAGCGUAGUAAAUAAUGGGAAACAGUCUCAGAAGAAGUACCACAGGAGCACAUUUUGUCUUUGAUAUUCAUCAAGUGCAAGGUGGCAUUUAGUGGGCUCCAGUCCAUUCUUAGUCUUGCAGUUAGGAUGUUGUAGUACCGAGUACCUAGACGUCUGUACGGCUGGUUAUGUCUCGGAGUGAACAGGUAAUCCUUGCACUUUCUCUUGAAGUCGUUUAGGCUGCUGGCUUCCUUCAGUGCCUGUGGAAGGCGGUUCCAAAGGGUAGAAGCAUGUGGAAUAAAACUGGACCGGUACACCUUCGUUCUACAGCGGGGAACAUGAAGAUGUGUAGUGUUGCGUAGCUGUAGACGAGUCGUUCUCCGUUCGCCUCUAGUGGAGGGGAUGAGUGACUGCAGGUGCACUGGGACUAGACCAUGCGUCAUCUUGUACAUUAACACCAUGGAGUGGUAGUGUCUCCUGGUAGACAGGCUGUCCCAUUCGAGCUCUCGUAGGAGGCUCGUACUGGGGGUCCCCUUCAUGGCUCCUGUUGUAAGGCAGCCAGCAUGGUAUUGAACUUUGUCUAGAGUAGCGCUAGCCGUGCUGCCGAGGUCUCCUAGCAGUACUGAUGCAUACUCUAUCUUUGAUCUAAUCAUGGUGAUGUAGGCUAGUUCAAGGGCCUCUCUACUCAGUUUUCCUUUGAGUUUGCAGAGAGCGCCUAGCAGUUUCCUGGCUUUGCUGGAUAGUGCAAGUACAUGUUCAAGCCAUCUCAGAGAUUGGUGGAUGGUGACACCAAGGUGAGUAUAUGACGGGACCUGUUCGACGACUUUUCCAAAGAUAUACAGGGGAGGGAGCUGGAUGUUCUUUCUGUCUGACUUGAUGCAGACAACCUUGCAUUUGUCUGGAUGUAGUUCUAAUCUCCAAUCUACAAACCAGGUAGAGACUGUGCGUAAGUCGGCAUUUACCGUGUCAGCUACUUCCUGUACUGUUCUUGCUGUUUUGUACAAGGAAGUAUCGUCUGCGAAACAAUUGAUCUUGGACUUGCAAGGAAGGUUUUGGAGGUCGUUGAUAUAUACAAGGAAAAGGAGAGGCCCGAGUAUACUCCCUUGCGGAACUCCGGCUGAGGUUGUCCCCCAAGAUGAGGUAACGCCGUUAAUAGCCACUCGUUGUUGUCGGUCCGUCAAGUAGCUGUUGAACCAGUCGAGUAACUGGCCUCCUACCCCAUAGCGGGUCAGCUUGUAUAUGAGCCCUUGAUGCCAGACAGUGUCAAAGGCACGGCGGACAUCUAGAAACACUGCCGCUGUACACGCUAUCUCGGGGUCCUCGAUGGAUUUGGCCCAGUCAUCAACUAGUCGAAUCAGUUGAAGCACGGUACCAUCGCCCUUCCGGAAUCCUGACUGAUGGUUGUUGAGCAAUUUGUUGUCCUCAAGGUAUCCAAGUGGACCAACAGUUGAAUAUUUUAAGCGACUCUGGGAGACGCAGAAGGUGUGACGUGACGAAUCGUAGUGCCUGCUACCCAAGCCACAGAUCUAAUUGUAAAACGUCAUUGUUAACAUAUGGUUAAGAUGGGUUUCUUUCGGCCAACUCGAAAGUUCCUAUUUCUGUCCUUCCUGAUACUGAGCGCUGGAGCCGCCUACCUGUACAGCAACAACGGAGUCGAACUAUCACCUAAAGUCAGUGAAGAAAUAGUAAUUGGUAACUUGGCUGGUGAAAAAGGAUCACGGUUACGUGCUUGCCGCCCUGAAACCAAAAUUGCCUUCAUCAAAACCCACAAGACGGGAAGCAGCUCUCUGAUGCAAAUAUUUCAGCGCUUCGGCUAUCUUCGGAACCUCUCGUUCGUGCUGCCGAGAUCGAACAACAUCAACCACUUGUAUCCGUACGGCAUUCGGGACCCGAACAAGUACAUUCCGCCGGAAAAGAAGGAGUUCGACAUCUUGACGCAUCACACCGUCUACGACCGAGCAACGAUAACGAAGCUGCUCUCUGCGAACGCUACGUUUGUAACCAUCAUCAGAGAGCCCAUGGACCGUCUGAAGUCUGCCUUCAACUUUUACAAGUUGGACAAGACGUACCACAUUCCCGGACCGAACGCCUUGUUAAAGUUCCUGGAGCACCCAGAAAAGUAUGAAAACAAUAUCAAAGGACCUUCAGGUUACUUAAUAAAAAACAACAUGGCAAUAGAGUUGGGAUUCCCCUUGAAGAACCCAACAUCCGGGGUAAAGAACGACAACAUCCGUGACUUUGUCGACAAAAUCUCGCGAGAGUUUGACCUCGUGAUGGUGAUGGAGUAUUUCGACGAAUCGUUGGUGCUGCUGAGGCGGCAGCUGUGUUGGGACAUGCAGGACAUUCUCAACUUUAAAUACAACAGCUUUAAAUACGAUCUCGGGAACACUUCCUUCCCGAAGCAGCUUGUAGAAAACUACCGCCGGCACGACGCCAUCGACUACGCGCUCUACGAACACUUCAACAGGACAUUGUGGAGGAAGAUCAAAAAGACGGGUAGUGACUUCUGGGACGAGCUUGCUCACUUCCGGUGGCUACAAACAACGAUGAAAACUCAGUGUAACCGGAAGUCUGGUGACUUCGCUCCUAUCUACAUCGGUGAAACUGCCUGGAAUGCCGGAUUUAACAUGGACUCCGCGUUUUGUACUUGGAUGAAGGUAUGGCAUCAUUGUUAUUUUAUCCUACUUAGAGACAGGAGUCUCAGAAUUCAGCAACACAAGCAAAAAGGCCCCGAACCCUCAAAGAUGUCACCGUGCCGUGGGAUCCUCUGCAGACCAUACUGUGUCCUUUGCGAGGAUAUCAGGAAGGCGUGCACACUCCACGAGUACGCCGCGCAUCUCUACCGGGAGGGUCUUCUGUCGCCGACCCAGUCAAGUUCUGCAAAGCUGACAAAUCCUGUGCCUCACCAUGGAGGGAAACCCGAACCACUUUCUUGAACUUCCCUGAAAACUGAGGCCUGGAACAGUGGCCUUGCAACGGAUGUUAGGAAAAGAAUACUGAGUCAGCUGAGUAAAGCUGUGCCCUAUGUGGCAGAGACGGUCAUUCUCGUAUAGGACUGUUCAGCCAUAGCGAAAGGUAUUGACAUUUAGGAAUAGAUUUACCAUGGUCAAUACUCAACGAAAAAGGCCAAAAAUGCAGAAAGAAUUGCUUAUAGAUGUGAUCUGCUUUCCUAUCAGUCAACGUUAACCCUCCUCCGAAAAAUAUACAUAUACCACAAAAACCUUCGCUUUAUUUAAUUAGUCUGCUUUGCCUUAUCAAAAUGAAUCGCUUAUAAUUAGAAAAUAUGCUAGCCUCUUGUAAUCAACAUGGAUUAUAUCAGUUGGUCAUAUUCUCCCCCCAAUGACAGCUUUAUCUUAAUAGGAAAGGCUGUUCUAGCACUCCCUCAUGAAUUAUGCAAAUGAGAUUAUGAUUUGUAUAAAUUAUGUUUAUUGAUGUUUACCUUCA